AUGGGGUUAGUCUAUGUGAGCACUCUGAAUUCUUCACCAGAUGACCAUGGUUGUAUUUGGACAGCCAGUUUCGAGAAAAAAGGGUGUAAGGGUACUACUUGCAAAGGUCAUAAAGCAAGGAAAUUCAGUCGAAAUGUAUUCGAACGUCAGUGUGCAAUUGUUAGAACCUUUCUAAGGUCAGAAGUAUCCUCCAAACAAUGUGAUAUGGAACUGAUGAAAGUUGCAGUCGCAAAAGAAAUAAUACAAGCAUUUAAUGAACGAUGUUCCAACAUUUAUGGUGUUCGAAUCAGGAUAAACAGCGUCGUGAAGGCGUUAAUCGAUUCCAAACAUGAUGAAUGGUGUUUGAUAGAAGAUCGUUGUAAAGAACCAUUUAUAUGUUUUGUAGAUCGAUAUGGUAAACCAAAGGCUGCCAAAUUCCAAAUAUUGCAGACUUUAGUACACUUUUCGUACCACUAUACAUCAGGCAAUCUGAUCAUUACGAGUUUGAAAGGGUGCAGGGAUUCCAAGUCCUUUACGCUUUCCAUUCCAACGAUCCAUAGCGUUUAUGGCUGUUUUGGAGAGAAGGAUGAGAGUCUUCAAGGAAUUAAAAAGUGUUUGGAUCUUCAUACAUGUAACCACGACUGUUCAGCAUUUAUAAAACAUUCCGAGAUGAGACCACGAGCACCAAGUGCUCCCUACGACCCAGAGGUAAUCGGUCCGAAUAUUAACCUAACCAAAAAGAGAUCUGAAAAAGGUACUUGCAACGAUAACUUGGUAAUAAUACAGUCCGAGUCCGAGAAAGAAACGGGGCAGAGAUUACGAGCGACGAGCUCACCAGUUGACAUAAAACUGUACCUGAAAGAUGAUGAAGCUUUCACGCCACCACCGUAUUCCCCUGUAGACCCGUAUCCGCUCUGUGGUGAAUUUCUAAACCAUAGUCUCGUGCAUGGCCCAUUUUCGGUUUUCCCAUUUGAAGAUGCAUUACCGCUAAGGAACACUAAUGUCUCCCCUUUUAGUGAUGAUGUUUUUCGCUAG